UUUGUUGUUUCUCUUCAACGUGACUUUACCGAAAAAACUAAGAGUAUGCUCAGCAGGCGUUCGCAAUGGUGGGGCUCUACCACCUCGCGCAUCCUCCGCUCUGUUUUCCCCUCCCUUUUCACCCCUUCCCAUUAGCUUGCCCACGGCCACUCGCUCACUCGCACACGCAUGCUCUCUCUCUCUCUCUCUCCCCCGCGGGAUUAUGCAGCAGGGAGCAGCGUUUGCGUCACUCGCCCAGCGACUAAAAUAACGGCAGACGCUUCGCCGGUGGGCCCCGGCUUUAUUCCCGUGCCUUGCCGACACCCGCCGGCGGAUGAAAGCCGGCAAUGGCUUUAGCAGCGCGGCCAGAAGGUCUGCGGCAGGAGCUAGCGGUGCAAUAAUAACAAUUUAUAUAUAUUUAAAAAAAAACCGUUUUUAUUUGUAGCGCUGACAGCCCGGGACGGGUCGACGUUUCGUCAGGGUGCGCCCUGCUGAUCUGCGUUUCGGCAGAGUCCCGUGCCGGAUUCAUUUCGCGGGUUUGGUCGAGCUUGCGCGUUGGGCAGGAACCUCCGGUGGAAACGCCUCUGUGCAUUACAGGCCGGCAGUCGCAUAUAUAUCUCCCUGCGACUCUCGCUCCUUUGGCUGCGUUCACCUGUCGCAAGCCGCCGAGGAAAGGGAUUCCGGAAAUAUUCACUCGCCCGUGGCUCGGCCUCGCUUUGACGCAGAGAGAGAGAGACCGUGUGUGAGUGUGGCCGGCAGAGGGGCGACCUCACGGCUGCCUACGUGAGCCAAGGCUACCGGGAGAUUUUUUGUCUGCGGCUUCUCGCCGUUUUUAUUACGCCUGACGUCGACUGAGCUUGCGUGUGAAUCCCGUAGAUAUUGCGCUGCAGCUGUUAUUGCGGUUACUGCUCAGAUGUUUUUUUUUUCCCCGUUCACAUUUUUUUCAUCGCUGCAAAAUAAUUUACCCGGUCCUUUGUUAACUUUAAAUGCCGUUGCUAACUUCAUUAUUUAUUACUGUUAUUUAUUUUAACGGCAACUUGAAGGACGUAACUGCCGGACAUUGUGUCAACAUUUUGUCGUUUGUUUUAACUUUAACCAGUAACCAGCAUUAGCAAUUUGCAGGAUGGCAUAUGACGUUUGAGGCUCGUUAUUUCAGCAGCAUACCCCCACCACCCUUCCAUCAAGAAAAUAAAUAAAUCCCGUGUAUGUUUAAACAUCCUAUCGGCUUCACGUAGACCACUGUAAUGGGGUGAAAAUAAAUAUUAGCGAUCCGUAUAUCAUUUAGGAACAGUCGACGGUCAAAUGCCCUCUAACUUAUGCAAUUUUUCGAGUCUUUGAUCAACAUUAAAAAAAAACAACAACAAGGACCCUUUUUCUGCCGGCUCUUGGGAGGCUAUAUUUAGGAGACUUCUUCACGAGUGAGUUGAGCACAUUGACGUUCCAAGGAAGCAAACGCAUCUCUCACCCUGUCAAAGUCCAGCCACUUGAAGUUGGAACAGUCUGUACCAAACAUGGCUGGACUCCAUGAUUCAGGCUUUUUUGAAAUUAGUCUCAAGUCCCUGCUGAAGUCAUGGAGCUGUGUUCUGCCACCAGCCGAACAGCACAUACAGGAAAUGGAACAUUUUUACAAAUCAGCGUCGCCACCGUCGGCCAACGGCCUGAACCGCUCUCCCGCUGCGCCUCCUCUUCCGUCGAGCGGCCACCCGUCGUCUCUCGAGCCCCUGGGCCGCAGCCGCAGGGGGGGCUCGGGGGGGGGCGCCGGGGGGGCGGCCGUCACAGCCGCGGCCGCACCGGCCUCCUCGGCGGGGGCCAUGUCGUCGUCGCCGCACGUGGACCCGGACGUGAAGCCCGGCGAGUUCGUGCUGCGCUCCCUCAUCGCCGAGUUCACGGUGCACGCCGAGCUUAAGCUGCACUCGGUGCUAGUGGAGUCGCUGGAAAAGCCUCUGUCCAAGUCAUUACAGAGAGGAGAAGACCCACAUUUUGAUCAGCUCAUAAGCUCGCUGAGCGCAGUGGCCGAGUACUGCCUGCCCUCCCUGCUGCGCACGCUCUUCGACUGGUACCGGCGGCAGAUAGCGUGCGAGGAUGGCGCACACAGCUAUCGGCCACGCUCCAGCACAAAAUCCAAAGGGGACGAGCCUUCACGAGAGCGGGAUCCCGUGAUGGAGAAACGCGAGCUGGCGAUCGACUUCAUCUUCUGCCUCGUGUUGAUUGAAGUCCUCAAGCAGAUUCCUGUCCACCCUGUUCCAGAUUCGUUGCUGCAAGAUGUGAUGAACUUAGCUUUUAAGCACUUUAAACCCAAAGAAGGGUACAAUGGACCGAACACUGCGAAUUUGCACAUUGUCGCAGACCUCUAUGCGGAGGUGAUUGGCGUUCUAGCACAAUCAAAGUUCCAGGCGGUGAGGAAGAAGUUCAUGACGGAGCUGAAGGAGCUGCGGCAGAAAGAGCAGAGUCCCCUGGUCGUUCAGAGCAUCAUCAGCCUGAUCGUUGGCCUAAAGUUCUUCAGGGUCAAGAUGUACCCGGUGGAAGAGUUUGAAGACUCCUUUCAAUUCAUGGGGGAGUGUGCCAAAUACUUCCUGGAAGUCAAGGAUAAGGACAUCAAGCACGCCCUGGCUGGCCUCUUUGUGGAAAUUCUAAUUCCCGUUGCAGCAACGGUUAAAAACGAAGUGAACGUCCCGUGCCUGCGUACCUUUGUGGAACUACUCUACCAGACCACCUUUGAGUUGUCAUCUCGUAGAAAACACUCCCUGGCACUCUUCCCGUUGACCACGUGUCUACUCUGCGUCAGUCAGAAGCAGUUUUUUCUUAACAACUGGCACAUCUUUCUCAACAACUGUCUAUCCCACCUCAAGAUGCCAUCCACCAGCACGCUCAGAAAGCCAAUCGAUUCACUGCAGAACCGGGAUCCGAAGAUGUCGCGAGUGGCCCUGGAGUCACUGUACCGCCUGCUCUGGGUGUACAUGGUGCGCAUCAAGGGCGAGAGCAACACCACCACGCAGAGCCGGCUGCAAAGCAUCGUGUCGGCGCUCUUCCCCAAGGGCUCGCGGAGCGUCGUUCCCAGGGACACCCCUCUCAACAUCUUCGUCAAGAUCAUCCAGUUCAUUGCGCAGGAACGGCUGGAUUACGCAAUGCGCGAGAUUAUAUUCGACCUCCUCAGCGUCGCCAUCAAGAUGCCCAAGACGCUCGCCAUCAACCCGGAGCGCAUGAACAUUGGCCUGCGGGCCUUCCUGGUCAUUGCCGACAGCCUCCAGAAGAAGGAGUGCGAGCCGCCCAUGCCGACCACCAGCGUGGUGCUGCCAUCGGGCAGCACUCUGCGCGUCAAGAAAACCUUCCUCAACAAGACGCUCACGGAAGAGGAGGCCAAAGUGAUCGGCAUGUCGCAGUUCUACCCGCAAGUGCGCAAGAUCCUUGAUCUCAUGCUACGGCAGCUCGACAAGGAGGUGGGACGAAGCAUGACCCUGGGCGGCGGGCAGAACGUCGCCAAGGAGACUGAGAUCACGGGCGAGAGGAAACCUAAGAUCGACCUCUUCCGUACGUGCGUGGCAGCCAUACCCCGGCUACUGCCAGAUGGGAUGAGUCACUCGGAGCUGCUGGAGAUGCUGGCGAGGCUAACAACGCACGCAGACGAGGAGCUGCGCAGCUUGGCGUGCGCGUCGCUGCAGAGCCUCAUGCUGGACUUCCCGGUGUGGCGCGAGGACGCACUCAUCACCUUCCUGGCAUUCGUGUCGCGCGACGUGGGCGAGCACCACGCGGCAGCGCUCGACAACGCCCUGCGCAUGCUGCUGCAGCUGCUCACGCAGUGGCGCCUCGCUGUGCAGGCGACCGCGGCAACGACGGCGCCAACCGCAGCCGCGAACAUGACCACGGCCGCCGUGGCCGCCAAGGUGCAGGAUGAGCGGCAGGGCAGGGCGGAGUGUGCUGCUGCAUUGGCAGUGGCGGCGGCUAGCGAGCGGCCGCUGCACCACUCGCCCGUGCUGCACGCCGUGGAGGGCCUGGCGCUCGUCAUGCUGUGCAACACAACCGUGGGCACGCGGCGCCUCGCCGUGCUGCUGCUGCGCGAGACGCGUGCCCUCGCGACCACCCUGGGCCACUGCAAGGUGGACGAGGAGCUCGUGAUCGACAUCCUGGAAAAACUGAGUCCCUCUGUCCUGGAGAGCUUCAUCCACUUGACCAAUGCUGAGCAGACCACGCUGCUGCAGCUGCCUCCGGCUGUGGACCUGCAGUGGCUGAGCGAGGGCACAGGCGUGCCCGAGUGCAGCAUGCUCGACACGCGCAGCGCCUCGCACGUGUGGCUCUUCGCUCAGGCGCGUGACCCCUGGCUGCUGGCUCUCGCCUCCCUCCUCGGGCACGAGCACUUCCAGCGGAGCUGCCCGCUGGCGCAGGCGUGGGCCUGGUCGUAUGGCAUGGUGCGCCUCACGGCGCUCACGCCACUCGUCGACCCGGGGAACCCCGCGAACGCCAAGCGGAUCAGCGCCGUCCCUACCACCGACUCCCCCGUGGGGCUCUGGCGGAACUACCUGGUCCUGUGCUGCAGCCUGAGUCCCGCGGGCGUCUCGGCCGGAGGCGGCCACCAGCUCCGCGGCAGCUCCCCCGAGACUCUGGCCUCCACUCCGGAGAGCUCCUACAGUUUUGACGGCAAGAGUGUGGGGGGCUCAUCCCCGGCUGCCCUCUUCCACUUGGUGGUACCGCUCAUGCGCUGUGAGAGUCUGGAGCUCACAGAGUGCUUGGUGCUGGGUCUUGGGUGCACCAACUCGGGCGCCUUCCGUGAACUGAUGGAGGAGCUGAACCCGAUAAUAAAAGAGGUCCUGGAUAAGAAGCAAGAGAAUGUGCGUAAGAGAAAGAAACGAGACAUCCUGCGGGUGCAGCUGGUGCGAAUCUUUGAGCUUCUUGCCGACACUGGGGUCAUCAGCCACAGGGGUAGCGGUGGUCUCGAGGCAAGCACGCACACUCUGAGCAGCUCGCUGCUGGAGUACGUGGACCAGACCCGGCAGCUACUGGAGGUGGAGAAUGACAAGGACUCGGACUCCGUGCGCGACGCGAGGAUGCACUUCAGUGCACUCAUCGCCAACCUCAUCUCGCACCUUCCCAUAUCGGAGCGACGCUGGCUGUUCCCCCAGCAGAGCUUACGGCACAGUUUAUUCCACCUUCUCAGCCAGUGGGCAGGGCCGUUCCGUCUCAUCUCCACGCAGCUCGAGUGGAGUACGGAGAGGAGUCAGCCCAUCACACGCCAGAACUUCCUCGCUCUCAAGGCUAUGGCGGCCGUGCUGUGCUGCGGUCCCCUGCUGGAGAGCGUCGGUCUCCCCAUGGACGGGUACCUGCAGCGCUGGUUGGACAGCAUUCUGGGACAUCCGGAUCCGCAGGUGCACCAGCUGGGCUGCGAGAUGGUGGUGCUGCUGCUGGAGCUGAACCCCGAGCUGAGCUACCUGCUGCAGUGGGCCGUCGACCGCUGCUACACAGGCUCGCCGCUAGUGGCCGCUGGCUGUUUCACCGCCAUCGCGACCACCUUCACCAGCAGGGACUGGCCAAUGGGCAUGGUCACUUUGCUCAACCUGAUCCUGUUUAAAGCGGCUGACCCAUCCCAGGAGAUCUACGAGAUGGCACUGCAGCUCAUGCAGGUGAUGGAGGAGAAAUUAUUUGGGUACACAGAGCGAGACGAGUCGGGAGACGUGGACGGCCUGCUGAGCUCGCCUAUGGCGCUGCCUCCGCUCUACUCCCUCUCGGCGUACUCGCUCUCCGAAGAGCUCGCGCGCCUCUACCCCGAGCUCACCCUCCCACUCUUCUCCGAGCUGAGCCGGCGCUUCCAGACCACUCAAACCCCAGGCCGCCAGGUGCUGCUCUCCUACCUCCAGCCGUGGCUCAGCAACAUUCAGCUGGUGGCGGGUGGCGCCGGCGGCGCCUGGGGCCUCCCAGGCGAUGCGGGGAGUGUCGGCGGCGGCGGUGGUGGCGGCACGCCGGAGCGGAGCGCCGUCGAAGGCGCCGGCUGGGACGAGGAGGAAGAUGCGGAGGCGAGGCGCGACUCCGGGCAGGGACGGCGCUGGCUCAAAGGCUCCGGCUGGGGGUCGCCGCUCGCCACCGCGCUGGUGCUCAACAACCUCCUGCACAUGACCGCUCAGUACGGGGAGGGCUUCCCGAGUGCGGAGUUGGAGAGCGUGUGGACGGCGCUGGCCGACAGCUGGCCCGGGAACCUGCGCGUCAUCCUGCAGUUCCUUAUCGCACUCUGCGGUGUGCGCAGUGAGCCCGACCUGCUGCCCUCUAUCAAGAAGGUGGUGAUCUUCAUCUGUCGGGAGAAGACGGUGGAGACCCUGGAAGAGCUGCUGCCCGAGCUGGAGCGCAUGGAGCCUGUAAACUCCAUCCUCAUCCGCACCAAGAACCCGCCGUUCUACAGGCUUCUCACGGGCCAGCGGACCUCCCCGUCAGCCUCUGGCACGAGUUCCAGCAGCCACACGCUCGCAGGGAGCGGUGGCGCUGCCGGGAGUGCACAAGGGCCCGACAACAAGAUGGUCAACGGGGCGAGCUUUGAAGAGAGCCACCCUCACCAGGAGGUGAACUACGGCAUCAUGAGGCCGCACCCCCGGCUUGAGUCGCGCUACAGCAACGGCUCGGGCAGCUCCAGCGAGGACGACAAAACUGAGCCAGCAUACAUGGGCUGGAGGGUGCGGAUGGCGGAGGCAACACGCCCGGAACCCCUGCCCAUGCCUGCCUCCUUAGGCUACUGGGCUCGUCUUACAGAUCACCUGCCUGAGACCUUCAGCCAGGCCCCUCCCCUUCACAGGUGCAGCAUCGCGAUGAUUCUGCUGACGGGACUCGUAGUGGACCAUGGAGUGCAUUUGGAGUGGAGCAUUCAUUUACCUGUGCUCCUGCACGCCGUCUUCCUGGGCUUCGACCACCAGCACCCGCAGGUGCCCGAGCACAGCAAGCAGCUGCUACUGCACCUGCUGCUGGUGCAGGUUGGGGGGUUGGAUGUCCACCGCUCGGUGGCACGGGUCCUCCUCGCCAACCGAGACAUCAACCACAGCAAGAUCCUGGCCGUGCAGGCAUCGCCUGCCCAGCACAGCGCAUUCCUCGGAGCCAGCGAGCUGCGUCAGAUCUCGCAGAGUCCCUCAGCCACCGACUCGGGCCUGAGCCCCAGCUCGACGGGCUCCAGCCUGAGCCUGGGCAGCGUGGGCGAGCACGCGGCUGCUCACGCGCCCGCGCCGCUCCACGCGGCGCUCACGGUCGCGCCGCCCGGCGAGCGGGACGCCUCGUGCGACGUGGAGGAGAGGGCACGCGCCCUCGUACAUUUCAUCAGCACCAGAAAGUAUGGGCCCCUGUGGAAUUACGAAGACAUCUCCACCAAGAAUCAAAACAUUCAGAGUGCAGAGCAACUUAGCAAGUUCCUCUUGCAUGUUGUUUCAAUCUUCAAGGACAGCAGGCCAGGCUCCAACUUGGAGCAGCGACUCGGCGAGAUGGCGCUGCGCCUGGCGCUCGCGUGCCCGUCGCGCCACUAUGCCGGGCGCUCCUUUCAGAUGCUGCGCGCCCUGCGUCAGCCGCUGGGCAUGCACAGCCUCUCGCUGCUGCUGUCGCGCCUCGUCGAGAGGGUGGGCGACGCGGCGGAGGAGACUCAGGGAAAUGUCCUGGAGGUGCUUUUGACUCUGGAAACCGCCGUGGAUACAAUAGCGGAGUGCUCCAAACUAAACAACUUUCUCAUUGCAUUCUCUGGCUCCCUGGACCCGGCGCUCUCCACCAAGAUGGAACCGAGCCGCUGCAGCACGGGGCAGCUGCAUCUCAGCUCGAGCCCCAUCCGCACUGGUAGCCUGUCGAGUUGCCACAGCGCCAGCCCCAACAUCAUCAUCAGCAACAUCAUCAGCGGCAUGGGCAGGCGCAAGCGCAGCAACUCGGCCUCGCAGAAGCACGCGCUGCUGGCGGAUGGGGGCUCCGAGUGGCGCAGCAUCACGCUGGACCGUCCGUACGAGCGCGUCCGUCGCAGCAGCCCCCUCGCCAAGGCCCGCAGCCUCACCUCGCUUGCCGAUGGUGGCGGUGAUGGCGGAGCGGCGGGGGGCGUGGCGGGGUCGGGAGCGGGAUCGGGGAUAGGCACGCCGCCAUCGGACCCCUUGGCUCUGCUCACGGUCAUGUUCUGGGGGGCAAGUGCCCUGCUCGAAUCGGACUACGAGAGCGAGUAUCUCAUGGGACUCCGCCUUCUCGAAAGGCUGCUGGGCCACGCGCUACCUCUGGAUGAUGGAGCCAGUAGCAAGGUGUGGGAGCGCCUGGAGAAGGCCCUGGCCCAGCUGCGGUGGGCCGGAUUCCCAGGCCUGCAGCUGCUGCUGCUCAAGGGGCUGACGUCCCAGGCCACUGUGGAGCUCACGACACGCCUGCUCAGCCGCCUCACCCCCGUCUCCCGUGUCGCCGUUAUCGACGCCUCCCAGGCAACAGGUUUCCCGCUUAACGUCCUGUGCCUCCUGCCACACCUGGUGCUGCACUUUGACAACCCCACACCGUUCUGCAAAGAGUGCGCUGACAAAAUAGCGAAGGUGUGCCUGGAAGAGAAGACGACGAAACUGCCCAACCUAGCCCACGUGAUGUCAAUGUACAGCAACCGCACGUACACGCGCGACUGCACGGUGUGGAUCAGCGUGGUGUGCUGCUACAUCCACGACACCUAUGGCGACUACACACUCAACCUCGUGGGCUACUUGGCAGAGCUGCUGGAAAAGGGUCUGGCCAGCAUGCAGCGCUCCAUCCUGCUCACGAUGCACAGCCUCCUCAGCCAAGUGGAGCUCACGGCCGCUCCCCUCAAGCACUUCAACCUAGAAGUCAUGAAGGUCGUCAGCAAGUAUGUCCAGAGCCCGCACUGGAAAGAGGCACUCAAUAUCCUAAAGCUUGUGGUUGGCCGAUCAGCCAGCCUUGGUGCCUCCAGCUCUGUUGCGGGAAAUGCCUACAAGGGUCUGCCUGGAAAAACCCUGGAGUUCCAGUUUGACAUCACAGAGAUCCCGAUAGUUGGGAAGCGGCGGGACGAUCGGUUGGGUCGACUGGGGCCGGACGGGCUCCUGCGCGGCAUGGCGGUCAGUCGCAGCGUCUCCUCCGCCUCGUCCGGAUCGGGAGCCGGAUCCGGAACUGGGACCGGGACGUUGCUCCACGUCGGUUGGAAGAGACCCCAUCUGUCGCAGCGGAGGGUACGAGAGCGACUGGUGAACGUACUGUCCCUUUGCGGUGAAAAGGUUGGCCUGACGAAGAACCCAUCCGUGAUCUUCUCGUCCGACGGGGAGCUCGAGCUGCUGGAGCAGCAGGCGGGGCUGGGCGGCAGCUGCGAGGAGGCCGGCAGCCAGGACAUUGAGUCGACGGAAGACACGACUAGCGAGCAGCAGUUUGGCGUCUUCAAGGACUUUGACUUCUUGGACGUGGAGCUCGAGGACGUGGAGGAGCUACAGGGCGAGAGCGUCGACAACUUCAACUGGGGCGUGCGGCGGCGCUCGCUCGACAGCAUCGGCAAGGACGGCCCGCCCGCCGCCCAGGAGUCCAACUUCGCGGGCUCCACGCCCAGCCUGCACCGCCUCAACCCCGACGACACGGACGAGUCGAGCGAGGAGGAUCAGCUAACCGUCAGCCAGAUCCUUACCCAGUCGCAGUUGGCGCAUGACUUGCCCGGAGAGGACAUCUCUUAUACUCAGCAAACAGAUGCACAGAGCAGCGAUCUUGUGGCUAGCCUGCUUGGGCAUGAGGUGGCCGGCGACGACGCCUGCGAUAGGGCGCAGCGGGAGGAGCAAGCCGUGGACAGCGAGGAGUCCCUCACCGUCCAGCCCACCGUAUUUUUCCUGUGCGACGGCGAUCCCGCUGACGACAUCACCGACAACCUCCUCGCCUCCCCCCACUCAGACGACGGCCGCGAUGACGACGAUGACAGCCAGUCGGUGCAGUGGAAUGAGCCCGAGACAGCCUCACCGCCGCCACCUGCUCCGUUCUUCUCGGCGAUCCUUGCCGCGUUUUGCCCGGCGCCGUGCGACGACGCCGAGGGGACGUGGCGCCGCCACCUGACCCAACUCAUGGCCGACGCUGAUGGUUCCUGCGCCGUCUACACUUUCCUCGUCUUCUCGGCCCUCUUCCAGAGCAUUCAGAGCAAGUUUUGCCUGCUCACCAACGACGUGGCCAGUUUCCUGGGUGAGGGGCUGCAUGGGAUCGGCUCGAAGUUCACGAGCUCCCUGGAAGUUCUGCUCUCCUGUGCCGAGUGUCCCACGGUGUUUGUCGACGCCGAGACGCUGGUGUCCUGUAAUCUGCUGGAGAAGCUGAAGUUCAGUGUUCUUGAGCUGCAGGAACACCUCGACACAUACAACAACCGGCGGGACGCCACCAAGCAGUGGCUGGAAGAGUGUCUGAGAGCAUUCCCUUCAGAGGAGGCCAUGCACCCAGAGAUGUUGAUGCAACACCAAAGGAGCUCCCUGGAUGAAAAGCAAAUGGAAACACUAGCAGACCCCCGCGACCGCCGUGCGUCCCUGCUCGCUCCGCGGCCGCCGUUGCCCACGGCCGGGCACGCCCAGCGCCUCGAGCUCUGUCGCCGCCUCUACAAGCUGCACUUCCAGCUGCUGCUGCUCUUCCAGGCUUACUGCAAGCUCAUCAGCCAAGUGGAAGCCGUGCGGUCGUUCCCCACGCUGCUGGACAUGUCCGAGGAGAUGGAGAAGCUGAGGGUGGGCUUGCGGGCGGCCUCCGUGAGCCAAACGGGAGAGGCAGACGGGGAGAGCCGAGCGGAGAGCGGAGGCCAGGGGGCCGAGGCUCCACAGCAGCCGGAGGGAUCCUGCAGCUGCCCCGAAGCGGCCAUCCAGUGCCUGAUCGAGUGUCUGAAAAACUGGGAACUUAAAAGGUCCCUGGUCCUCACUCAGUCCUUCAGGUCUACGUGGCCCGAUGACAUAUUCGGCCGCUCGGAGGAUGACAUGGUGCGGACGCUGCUCAACAUCUACUUCCGGCACCAGACGCUUGGCCAGACGGGGGCGCUCGCCGUGGUGGGCUCCAACCACGACCUCACGAUGGCGUGCACCAAGCUCACCGCCAUCAACUUGCAGCUGAGCCAGGCUCUCCGGCAAGCUCAGGCUCUUGGCUGUCUCAUCGGCCCCUCGGGAAACAAGCAGAUCCUGAGCACCAGCUUCUGAGAAUCUCGCGCUUCGGGCCCGUGUGUUGCGGCGGGCAGUAACGUGUUAGUUGACGUAAAUUCGUUACUCCCAACAAGGCCAUUCUGAUCCUGUGGCUGGGUGCUGCCAGGGUUUGAGGUCUAGGCUGGAAGGCGACAUGGGGGGGGGGGCACCCUUAUUCAUUGGCGACGUAAAAUUCAGGUUCGUUGUGAGGUCAUCUUAUUCGUGAGGCCUAGGAUAAAUAGCCCAUCCCUCCCCCCGACCUUCUGUUGCAGUCCUAAUCCAAUGCUGUUGCUCUCUUUUCAGUUUUUUAUUCAGCAUGUACGAGUUGCUUUCUUUUAUGAUUACUUUCAUUUUUGAGAAUUUUAAAAUGCCUAAAUCCCCUAAAAAGGGGGAAAUUAUUUGUCGGCAGUUUGAGGAUAAUGUGGAGGACAGCAGAAGCCAAUUUAUGUGGGUUAUACCACAACGAGCUUUCUUUUGCGAUUUAGUGCCACACUUUCUGAGGUGAACGAAGUCUCUCUACGAGCAUUGGGCAAUGCUCAUCACUGUUGGAGACCAUCAGCCAUUGGUGGAAAUUACACAUUUCUAUGACGGGAGGCAGUCUUGAUAUAGGACAAACCACUGUUGACUUCCCAAUACUUGGUGGUCGGUAUUUAUCGACCCAGAGAGGUAUUGGGCUAACUCAACCCCUGACCGAGAUUUGAACUUCGCACCCUUCCAAUUGUGAGUCAAUCGUUUCGACCACAGAGCCCACCGAGAUGAACGUCUUCAGUGUCCGAUGAACCUACUGUACGUUCAGCCACAGUAAUCAUGGAAGUAAUCGGCUUCUCAGAUUACAUUACAGAUAUACCUACCGCAUGUUUGCAUUAAUUACAUUGCUCAAUUAGACACCGAUUUAUUUUCACAUGUAACUCUCCCAUCACUGCCCACGUGUGCAUAUUCACACCUGCACUUGUGUACGUGCAUCAUUGCGUAAGCAGUUCUGCUCUUUUUUAUGGUGUGGCUUUUUUGGGGAGGGAUGUGCGUGAGGUUGGUACAUUUACAGGAAACCACAUGCACGGCACGUUGCAUGAAAACCCUGCUGAAAUUGAAUAAUUAUUCUUUAAUCAUGGAAUCGGAAGCUGUAUUUAAACUGGAGGAAUGCGAUGAGCUAUGAAGCUAUUUUUCACAGAUGUCCAGUAUGGGCGGGUCAGCAAGUUAGAACUCUCAUUCAACCAAACAAAUUAGGUGUUUCCAGACACACAUUGACACUGGCACUCGUGUGUGUGCAGCAUAAAGACGUUAUGAAAGUUACGGUAAUACAGCUUAGAGGUGGGAGUGCAAAUAAUUAAAACAACUCGUAUUAGUGGUGUUGUUAUAACUUGACCAUCAUGUUGGCACAAGCAAGCACUUGAUGCACAGUGGGAGAGCAUUAAAGGGGAAACGCCAUCUGUUUUAUUUUGAGUCCACAGCACCUCGUUCUCUGAUCACCACGCAUCGAUUCAUUCCAAUUUGUAUUUUUUUUUUUUUACGAUUCAAUUCAUUAGUGAUAAUUUUUUAAAUUACGUCUAAAUCUAAAAAAAAAGGAGGGUGAGGGGCAACGACGGUGGAAGUCAUCCUUCACCGAAAUUAAUAUUCCGCCUGCAGAGUAAUGAUUGGCUCACGUUCUCGGAAAUGUUUUGUCCUUUACAAACGUACAAUGUUAAUAACAAGAUCCUGCACGGAGACCAGGGGCCCCUACUAAGGCUGGCAACUGCGCACGGGCUGGUGCGACCAGCAACCGCACAGCUGAUAUUUAGACACUGCGUUGGAUGCUACUUUUUAAGUCUUUGGCAACCUGGUAGACGUCCAUGAUCCACUCGAAUAGCACUUGCGACCCUUAUACACGGCCGGGAAUCGGACGCAGGUCGCCAGGAUUGUAGUGCAGUUAACCACCACACCACCACCACCACCACCAAUUGUCACAUCUACGCAUAUAUAGAUAGUAUGUAUAUAUGUAUGUAUACUUGUAUAUGUACACCCAAGUGUAGACUACAUAUAUAUACCUAAAUGCUCACGUGUGUUACAUUAUAUGCAUAUGUUGUGUUGUAGCUAUACACAAAAAAAGAGCUAUAAUCAAAUACUGUACGAAUUUAAAGCGCAACGUUUCCUCUUGGUCUUGCGAGUGAUGAUGUGGUUUUGUAAUCACUGAACUUAACCCUCUGUUAUACUCUUCCGUGCAAAACUGCCCACGUGCCCAAGGCGUUAAUUACUCGCACAUCGUGCUCAUUGUGAAUGAUGCAUUGACGGAACCACCAGGAUGGCGAGAGCCGUGGUCGUAUAACCCUUGCAUGCAGUGCUUCAUUUAUGACUGUGGUGACCAGAUGCGGAAUGCUUUUCCAGGUCGCACUACCGCAGCAUUUGUACCAAAAGUUCAGCGGCGAUGAUGCUUCAACUGAGACGAUACUAAAUGCGUGUAAAUGUAUACAUGUAUAUAUGUGCGUGUGUUUAUACGUGUAUCUAUGUUCGAGUAUGCACAGUACAUUGUUUUUUGUAUAUAUACUUGCAUAUAACUAUUACUCGGGCCUAAUACAUUGCACAGAAUGGACCCCCCCUUUGCCCAGCAUCCCACGAGACACCAAAGUGGAUACACUGUACUUUAAUUACCCCCCCCCCCCCCCCCCCAAAAAAAAAUGAUAACACAUCCCACCAAUAUUCAGUUGUGCAGUCAAACAAAGAGCACAAUUUCUGCGCAAGUCGUUUCGCCUCCUCUCGCCGCGUGUCGAUGUAACCGCAUUUCACACGCCGUCCCUCUCUCGCUGCUUUUAAACGAUUCAACGCCACCUUCAUCGCGGUCACAGAACUAUUAUUUCAUGACACCCCUGCCUCCACACCACCACAAAACAAAUGCCAAUCAUAACGCGAUACGCAAGUCACCAUACAUAUUUAACUUUUUCGAAAAUCAAAAUAGAUUAUGAUUAAUACGCUUUUUGAUAUAAAAUAUCUUGGAGGGGGGGGGGGGGGAUCAGGGGUCUUUGUUGUGUGCCUUUUUGUUGUUGCAAGAAUUUGUUUUAUUUUUGAGUCGCAGCUCUUUAAGUGGCUCCCUGAUCGUUUUCUGUUGGCUUGCUUGUGAAAUCGAUGGUUUCGAAGGCUGAUGUGUUGUCGGCGAUGCCUAUAGAACAAUUCCUUACAGCAUAGAAUAUUCAUGGUAAAGAGUGUGGUUAUGAUUGGAAUGUUUUGACUUUUUUUGCAUGAUCUUCGAGACUACUCUAAAAAUCACGAGCUGCUUGUUAUCACACUGUAAUAUAUAAGGGCUAUAAAACAAUUACACUUAACUGAUGCUUAAGGUAUUUGAGGCAUUGUGGCGAUAAAUUCCUUGCGCACAAAAUUUGGUGCUUUAAAAACAUUUGGGAAAACAACUCUGUAUUUAGUGCUUGCUGUCUUGAAUAGUUUUAGGCCUAAAUGAGGUUGUGUAAGCAUACACAUGUGAGCUGCAUACGUGCCACAAAACAAUAGUGGAAGUACUAUCACGUCUUGAUGUAUUGUAUAUUUAGAAUGUCUUCAGGUUACAGGGUGCCCUAUACAUAAAAAAACUGCUUAUCUUUUACGGAGCGUAGUGUUGGUAUACGCACGUGUACGCUUAUGUGUAUGCAUGUGUUUGUGCGCUUGCGUGCGUGCGUGCGUUAAUCCGUGCAUGUGCAUGCAUGCGUUCUUGCGUGCGUGUGUGUGCGGUUGUGGGCUAAGGGUUGCCGCGACGUUAGCGCCGUGUCGGGUUAAGGAGGCCGAGUGCGUCCCCCCAAUUGAUGAAGGUUUAAAUACUCCGUCAUUACGAGUCAUCGUAGAGACAAGCCAAUUAUUUUACUCUUUAAAAAGCCGGGUCACACGGCCAGCGCCAGAAUUUGAGGCUGAGACAUUGUGUACUCUUUUCUCCAGCGCCUUUGCUCUGGCCCGCUUUUUCAUGUUUAUGCUCAGAAAGCUCGAAUUGAUGGAAUUUGGGACGCGAAGUUAUAAUUCAAAUUGAGCAAAUAAUUACAUUUAGCGAAGGCAUGCCUAGGAAACCAUUUCUACUGCAAUUGCUAUUCUACACUGUUCAAUCGUGAUAUGAUUCAUCAAUGCAAAAAGGGAUUAUUUAUGUUGAAGCUAGUAUAUAUGAAAUUGCUAUGAAUAGCUUUUAAGGCAGUGGUAGAUUUGGCAAAACAAGACUGCCCACAGAGGCUAUAUAUUUUUUGCAAUGUUUAUUUUUCAAGCGUGUGGGUUUUUUUUAGUUGUAUUGUUUAGGUCGCCAUGCUACUAUGUUAUACAGUGGUUUCUUGACUCUCCGCAAAUGCAUGCGGCCAACAUUUUUAAAGCAUUGCUGAAUGUACUAUUGGGACGCUAACUUCUUAUAGAACUGGAUUCUCAGAGCUUGCCAUUGGUGUCUUGUGAUCAUCCAAAAUGUGUGUUUUUGCUUUUAAAUAACGAUAACAGUGAUCAAAUCAAUCAAGACAAUUCAGAAUAUGUGUUUAUACUGGAGGAAUCCGAUGAGCCUAUAUGGCUCUUUUUCACAGUUGUCAAUUAGGGUCUCCGUGGUCCAAAUAACACUUGGUAGUGCUCGUAUCCAUUGGCGCCGGUGCUGCGAGUGGUUGAAUUUCCACAUCGUGUUGAGGACCGGUCUCUGCAUGAAACAAUCAUUGGUGAGUUAUAGCAAAGUGGUACUUCAUCGUCCCCAGAUGGAUAAGUGGCUGAAUUUACAUAAAAUCAUGAUUUGAGCUUACAUAAAAUCAUGAUUUGAGCUUACAUCAUUGAGAAUCGUGUUCUCUAAUAAUAAACUACACUAACUGCAUUAAUGUAUAUGUAUGUGCCACUUAUGAGCAAUAUUGCAAGUAUUUGUUCACGCCGGUUUAGCUUAAAACUCUAGAGGGAGGUUGCAUGAGGGAGCAAUUUGUAUCCCUUGUUUCUCAAUUUAAUACUUGCAGUCACUGUAAAAUAUGUGCUUUUAGAGAGGAUAAUGAUCUACUGUUUUAUAGAUGUCACAGGACAUAUAAUAUCCACUGAAAAGCACACUACACAUUGCUGUUGCCCAUGUUUCUGUAAAAAAAACGCAUCAGUUGUCCAAUGAAUUUUAAAGCUCCACACCGUUACAAUAGUACCGCCCAAUGACAAUUGAAUGUAAUAGUUACUAACAAAAUAAUUGUGAGCAAGUAGUUUCAAAUAUUAAUUGAUACUAUCAUGCAAUCAGCUGAGAAUCCAGGUCUGUAUAGUUUUGUGUUCAUUGUGAAGGCAAAACAAAGUUGCUCUGCACUGGAUAAAAACAUAUGCACAAUUUUGUUUUAAAUGUUUUGAAAGUAGUUCUUCUUGAUAUAAUAUUCUACAUCUAUAAUCAAAAGUGGAUUAUUUAACUUCAUCAAUGACUCUGUAUGUAACGAAUCAGCGAACACCUUAACAAAUCCUAAGCAAAGUGCAGCAUCCAAUAAAACUAAAACUCUUAUUGACUGCUAAUAUGUACAGAGAUAUAUUAUAACGUAGCCAGCUUUAUUCAGAUAUCUGUCAGUUUGUAGUUAUAUUUUCUCUCCCUUUUUAUUUAAAAACUAAUUAAUUUUAUCUUGUAGAUUCUCGCCGAGGGGUUUUUAAAUGCUGUUGUGUUCGAUAGGCUAGAUGAAGCAGACCUCAUUUGCACUACUGAAGGCCUUGGCAUGCGUUGUGUCCUAUUGAUAAGCGUGUCUGUGUCGUGAACUCAUGUAAGUGGAAUGCAGGUCUAUCAUAACGAAAAAAAUUUAAUUAAAAAAAUAAGCAAAUGUUCUGUAAGUAUAAAAAAUAUAUACCGCCUUACAAGUAUGAUUCCUUGCAUAAAAGGAGGAAACGCAAGUGUAACUAAGUUAAAACACUGUACAUAUUUUGAAACGUGUAUAAACAAAAAGGGGAUGAGCUGUCAUUGUUUUUUUUUCUCUCUGUAAAAUCUGUAAUGUGAAAAUACAAAAGAAUAAAAACUUAUUUCAAUUCA